AUGUCGCCCGAGACCAGAGAACACGCAUAUGUUGAGUGGUAUUAUGUCAAGUUGAUAUCGAAGGGUACCUUACCUGAUCGCACCGAUAUGAAGUUGCCGAAUAACUCCCCUACAAACAUUCACCUGGAGUCCCCUUACGGUCAUAUCUGGUUCGAAUGGCCAUUCAACAUGGCAAAGACCAUGAACUGGGAGAGAUGCCUCCGCGCAUGA